CUAGUGUCUCCAGGAUCCUGGUUUUAUAUCUGGGAGAUAAAGAUUAUCCUGUCAGUUUAGAAGAUGAUGGAAAUGUACUCCUUAUUCAGAUGAGCACCACAAAGCUGAAGGACAGAGAAUCAAAGUAUCACAUUCCAAUUUUCCUUCCAAAGGAAGGCAACAAUGUCAAAGGUGUGUUGCAUGCACUGUUUAGUCUGAUUUUGCCUGUAGCAUACAUGUACAAUCCUGAUCUGGUUGUAACUGCCUUAAGCUGCCAGAGCGGUGUGGACAAGAAGAUUCUGAAUCAACUAACCAGUUUAUUGCAAGGCCUGGCAGAAGGGCAGCUGCUGUGUCUUAUUCAUGAUCCUGAAGUUUCGUUUUUGGAAGAUAGCAUUUGCUCCCUACUAGGUGACCCCAUCCUUCCAGUGGCUAAUGGUGUUCUGCAUGGGGAAGCCAUACAGGAAGUUGAGCAACAGAGACAGAGACUACAAGAACACUGGGGUAUCCUAAAAACACAAGUUACAAGGACUGAAUAUUCCUGAAAAUGAUGUUCAAUCUUCCAAAAGAGAGAGACCACCUGAAGAAGUGCUUCAAAUGUCAUUUAUUACAACAUACUUUUCAAUUAAACUUUUGGGUAGUUUUUAAUUUUUUAAUGUUUAUUUGUAAGUAUGGUUCCGUCUUUUUUUUUUUAGUUCACUCUAUUCAUUUUCAUAAACAUUCAAAUAAAUGGAGUCUUCUUUCACUGUCAA